ACAACACACAUAAAUGGUUCAGUGGUCGAACAAGUACUUUAAGAGUCACUUGUAAACCAGAUCCGACACCGGCAUACGUUCAACUUAAAAUAUACAAUUAAUAAAUCAAUUAAAACAAUCAAUUAUUUCUUUGAAGACUUACUCUGCACAUUUGAUUCUUUCACAGGAGAAUGGCGACGAACGUACGAGGAAUUGUUCUCUCAGGAACUGAUCUGGCCAAGGAAAUUCGGGAUGGGCUGACAAAUCAAGUGGCAUCUCUCCGAUCUAAAUUACCAGACUACACCCCGGGUCUAGCAAUUGUCCAGGUUGGUGGACGUGAAGACUCGAACGUCUACAUCCGGAUGAAGAUCAAAGCAGCCACUGAAAUCGGGAUAAAUGCUACUCACGUGAAACUACCGAAUACUACGACGGAGAUGGAAUUGCUCAGUAAACUUGACAAAUUGAACAACGAUCCAGCUACUCAUGGUAUUAUCGUGCAGAUGCCCCUUGAUAGCGUCAGCAGGAUCAACUCUCACCUCAUCACCGAUACAGUAUCCCCCGAGAAGGACGUCGAUGGACUCAAUACAAUCAAUGAAGGACGAGUGGCGAUUGGUGACAUGACAGGUUUCCUCCCCUGCACCCCAAAUGGCUGCAUCGAAUUAAUAAAAAAGAGUGGAGUGGCAAUUGCUGGAGCCAAUGCUGUUGUUUUAGGUAGAUCUAAAAUAGUGGGAACUCCAGUUGCUGAAUUAUUGAAGUGGCAUAAUGCAACUGUCACUGUGUGUCACUCACGAACGAAAGACUUAUCCCAAGUGGUUUCACAGGCCGAUAUUCUUGUCGUGGGAAUUGGACAGCCUGAAAUGGUGAAGGGAUCGUGGAUCAAACCAGGAGCUGUCGUUAUUGAUUGUGGAAUUAAUGCUAUCCCCGACUCAACCAAGAAAAGUGGUCAGCGUCUGGUAGGAGAUGUGGAGUACUCCACAGCUAAGGAAGUUGCCUCUUACAUCACUCCAGUGCCAGGAGGUGUUGGUCCCAUGACAGUUGCAAUGCUGAUGAAGAAUACAGUGAUCUCAGCAGAACGUGCAGCUGAGCGUCUGCUCACCACCACCUGGUGCCUGAAGACUCUUCCACUGAGGCCACAAACACCAGUUCCCAGUGACAUUGACAUCUCCAGGGGUCAGGAGCCCAAGCAGAUUACAGCCCUCGCUGGGGAGAUCGGUAUCUUCCCCAAUGAGAUCAGUCCCUACGGCUCGAAGAAGGCGAAGAUCAGUCUGAAUAUCCUGAAGCGCCUGGGGAACCAGAAAAAUGGGAAAUAUGUCGUGGUCGCGGGUAUCACUCCCACACCUUUUGGCGAGGGCAAGAGUACUACGACCUUGGGACUUGUUCAGGCCCUCACGGCACAUCGCAAUAAGAAUUCAAUUGCCACUUUGAGGCAGCCCAGUAUGGGCCCGACCUUCGGCGUCAAGGGCGGAGCAGCUGGUGGAGGAUAUUCGCAGGUGAUUCCCAUGGAGGAGUUCAACCUCCACCUGACUGGUGAUAUUCACGCUGUGUCAGCAGCCCACAAUCUGCUAUCAGCGCAGAUCGAUGCAAGAUGGUUCCACGAAUCUACACAAAGCGACAAAGCCCUGUAUGAUCGGUUGGUGCCGACCAUCAAGGGUGUGAGGAAAUUCUCAAAAAUUCAGCUGAGACGACUGGAAAAACUGGGCAUUAAAAAAAGUGAUCCUAACAGCCUGACCCCCGAGGAGCAGUCGAAAUUCGCGAGAUUAGAUAUUGACCCAGAGAGGAUCACUUGGCCGAGAGUAGUUGAUCUCAACGAUCGUUUCCUGCGAAAAAUUACAAUCGGCCAGAGUCCAACCGAGAAGGGUAGGACGAGGGAAACUAGUUUUUGUAUUUCCGUGGGUUCUGAGAUAAUGGCGAUUCUUGCACUGGCCACCAAUAUCGAGGACAUGAAAGAGAGACUCGGUAAGAUCGUCGUGGCGUUCUCAAAAUCCGGAGCCCCUCUGACUGCUGAUGAUUUCGGAAUGACUGGUGCGAUGACUGUUCUCCUCAAGGACGCCAUCGAGCCCAACCUCAUGCAGAGUUACGAGGGCACUCCAGUGCUGGUGCACACUGGACCAUUCGCCAAUAUUGCCCACGGCUGUUCCUCAAUCAUCGCUGAUGCCAUUGGGCUGAAGCUAGUAGGUCCAGAGGGAAUCGUUGUUACUGAAGCUGGAUUCGGCUCUGACAUCGGUAUGGAGAAGUUCUUCGACAUCAAGUGCAGGUCUUCAGGGCACGUGCCCAAUGCCAUCGUCCUGGUGACGACAGUCAGAGCCCUGAAGAUGCAUGGAGGUGGACCCACUGUCACCACUGGAGCUCCACUGCAGAAGGAAUACCUGGAGGAGCAUCUGGACCUUGUGGAGAAAGGACUGCCAAAUCUUCUCAAACACAUCGAGAAUGGAAAUCAUUAUGGAGUGCCUGUGAUUGUGGCUAUCAAUGCUCAUGCCACUGACACACAGGCUGAACUUGAGAUCGUGAAAAAUGCAGCGGUGAAAGGAGGAGCUAGGGAGGCUGUUGUCUGUAAUCAUUGGGCUCAGGGAGGAGCAGGAGCUGUGGAGCUUGCUGAUGCUGUUAUCGCAGCUACUGAGAAGCCCAGCAAGUUCCAGGUGCUCUAUAACUUGGACUUGAGCAUCGAGGAGAAGAUGCAUAUCAUUGCUGCGAAAAUGUAUGGUGCAUCGGUGGUCGUCUGCAAUGACGAGGUCAAGAGGAAGAUUGACGGGUACAAGAAAUUGGGAUACGACAAAUUGCCUUUGUGCAUGGCAAAGACUUCCAACUCACUCACUGGUGAUCCCAGUGUCAAGGGAGCGCCUCGAGGAUUCUCUUUGGAUGUCAAUGAUAUUUUUGUAUCUGCCGGGGCUGGAUUUGUUGUGCCCAUAAUUGGAGAGGUUAUGAUGAUGCCUGGGCUUGCUACUAGACCUGCUAUCUAUGACAUGGAUUGGGACCACGAGACUGAUCAGAUCGAAGGACUCUUUUGAAGUCCGCACUGUCUUUUUUUUUACUACGAGU